AUGCCCGCCUCGGCUUUGUCGCCGGCCGAAGCGGGAAGCGCUCCUGGUGUCGAGGUGCAAGAACGCAUAAAUAAGUUGGAGACGUUGGUCUUGGACCUUGUGCACCAAUCUAGUUCGAGCAACUCCGAGUACCUUCUGUCAGAGAAGAUGCCGCCGAGUCGCGGGCCAAAAUUGCGAACAACCCAAAGUUUUCAAUUGCGCCCGCAAACAUACGCAAGUAUCGAUACAGAAUCGCAUCAAACAAACUCAGCAUCGCCCUCCGACUAUGGUAGCUUCAGAAAUAGGGCGAAGGGCAUAAGCUACGUCAGUGGCUCUCACUGGGUCGCUGUUCUAGACAGCAUAACCGACUUGAAGAACCACCUCUGCCAGGAGGAUGAGCCGAGACCGUCUUUACUAGAGCCGGGCCAACUACCAGAAAGCAAACCGCGACCGCAACUACUUUACGGCUUUGCCAUCAACGACACACCCUCAUCGAUAAUAAAUGGCCUGCCGCCUCGACCCGUGGUGGACAGAUUGGUUUCUUGCUUCUUCAACACAUUAGAAGUUGCACCAGGCGUUCUGCACAGCGGACAAUUCCUUCGAGAGUACGAUGUCUUUUGGAAGACACCAGAAGAAACCUCAAUUGUGUGGGUAGGGCUCUUGUUCAGUGUGAUGGCCCUGUCAACCCAAUACCAACAGGCACAAGCCAGCGGCCAACUCGUCGCGUCAGAAGCGAGGGCCGGGCACUUCACAAGCCGAUCAGAAGUUGAAGAAAAAGAGGCACUUGCGGAAGAGUACAAAUGCCAAGCCAUAAAAUGUCUUCAUCUGGGCCAGUACACACGAGGCGGUCCUCACGUGCUGGAGACGCUGUGUCUGUACACCUUUAUAGAGUGCUUCCAUCUCAAGGACAUGGAUGUUGGCAUCUCCGUCCUCAUCGCCAACCUCGUGCAGAUUGCCCUGCAUAUGGGCUACCACCGCGAUGCGAAGCACUUUACGUCAAUUUCUCCGUUCGCCGGCGAGAUGCGAAGGCGAGUCUGGGCCAUGAUUGUCCAGCUCGACUUUAGCAUUUCCACUCAGCUUGGGCUGCCUGGAGUUCUGAGGCAGAGCCAUGUUGAAACGUCGCGUCCGCGCAACCUAUUUGAUUACGACUUUGACGAAGAAGCCACAGCGCUUCCCGAUUCUAGACCCGAGACGGAGGUGACGCCCAUCCUUUAUGUUCUAGCCAAGCUUCGACUUGUCUCGGUCGGGAGAAAGGUCGUUGAUAUAGCAACAGACCUCCAGCAAUGUCCUUACACCGAGAUAAUUGAGAUUGAUCGAGAGAUUAGCGAUGCGCGGGGCUCUCUACCAUCCAGCCUGCGGUGGAAAGGCCUCGCGUCGGCUCUAAAUGCACCAUCCGUCACUACACUCUUGACCAUUUGGCUGCACAUGAUUACACUCCAGCUCAAGGUCAUCCUGCACAAAAAAUUCUUAGACCCUGCUCAAUGCGGUCAACAGUAUAAACACUCACGAAGAACCUGCUUAGUUGCUGCCAUGGAGCUCCUAGCUCUGCAGCAUUUGGUGGAGGAGGAGAUUCAGCCUGGCGGCUUACUUUGCGAGAGUCGCUGGAGGAUUUCCUCCACGUUUACCAAUCCUUUUCUGCUUGCGACAAGCGUUCUUUGUUUCUACCUGCAGAGCGCCAGAAAACUGGCCGAUGAUCAGGAAACCACCAGCGAGGACGACCAAGUUGAGGGAGUGGACACGGCAAGUGUUAAAGAUGCGCUGAAGAAGUCGCUAGCUAUCUGGCUCCGCAACUGCAGUCAGUCGAGAGAGGCGCGAAAGGCUGCUGUGGCCGUGCAUCAUAUUUUGGAGAAUCCUGGGGCGAGUCCAGAUCUUGAGACGCCGAUCAACAAUUUCGCUGUUGCUCCGGCCGAACCGUUGUUUAACUCCGCCACAGAUGUUUCCUACUUUCCAGAAUUUUCGCAGAACUAUGACCUUUCUGGCGCGUCUCUUUUUUAUGCGGCCGAGGAGAUGGCAUGGCCGGCUUUCGCAAGCAAGCAGACCACUAAUGCCCUGGGUGUACCGUACACAGAUUUUACAGCAUGA